UCUCCCUCUUUCUCUCUCUCCCUCUCCAUCUACAUCUCCCCGUCUUUAUUUCGCUUUAUUUCUUUACCUAUCAAUAUGCGGUUGCCAACUUACACACUCUGAGCAUUAGAGAGUGACCGCUUGCGAGUAAUUCAUGUCUGGUAGCUAUUAUCGUACAUCUACCCUCAUGAAAUUAGUCAUAAUCACAGAGAACGAUUAACAUUAUUCUACCUAAUACUGCAAUUUCCAUGAACAAAUGUGUAUAAUAAAGAAAUGUGUUCAGCACAUUGGAAAGAAUAGGACAGACAUUAUGACCGACUAGUGUAAGGAACAUACAUAGGCUUGUGGGAAAUCUAAAUGUGUUUAUUUUCUGUAUAGUAUCGAGCUACGGGAAAAGCCUUGCAUGUAAAUGUAUUGAAAGAUCUGUUUUAGACAGUGCAGUGAGGUUUCUUGAGUAUGUGCCGCAUCUGAUGUUCCUUCAAUGUGCCCUUUCUAUACUCGAAUUUAUUUGAAUAAUUUCUACGUUGCGCGAAACAAGACUGCACAUUGACCCAGUGAUCCCAUGGCAAAUAGUGGGUUUUCCCCGCUGCCAGACAGCCGUUGAGAUGUAGUAAUGUGUAUAUUCCAUUGUGUCGUACAAUGCAGUUUUCUAUGACAUGCACAUUUAUAACAUACUUUAUGUACAUCAAUGGCUGGCUUUUCCUGAUAUAAAAAGUGGUCAUUAAUAGUGCGUUAGAUCGUUUGGAAUUCGGAUCAUUACUAUAACCUACGUGUCUACGUCACAAUGAUGUUUAACUGGGGGCUGGUGGCUGUAUGCAUUCUUGCAAUUUCAGGGUCGAAGGAAACCUCGAGGUAACCACGGACCCCAAUGCUACAGCUUUCAGGGGUGGCAGUAUUACUCUAACGUGCCGUUUCAUCGGUGAGCCAUUUGCCAUCUACUGGUACAAACACAACCGGACAGGUGCCCCCGACAACACGGCGGAUAUCGUGGUGCGGUACUUUAAUGGUCAGUGGCUCUCGAGCGAUAAGUACCCGAGGUACAAUAUUACCUCUGAUUAUUCCAUGGUGAUAUCAGAUGUUCAGAUUGAGGACGAGGAGACGUAUUCGUGUGAAGUUGUUCUGAAAGAUGAUGCAUCAGGAAAGAACAAUACAGAUCUGACGGUUAUAGCCCUCGCGAAUCCUCUUCACCCUGUCGUGAGCGGCUGCAUAAUGACCAAGCCUAGAGAGUGCGUCUAUGAAGUACAAGGGGCCGACACUGAAAUAUUCGCGUUGAGGUGCAGGGUGGAGCAGGUCAGACCUGCUGUUUCUCUCUCCUGGACUACUCGAAGAGAUGUGGAGAUAGAAACACCAACUAUACCAGUCACAGAUCCAAAGGAUGGACUGUUUAACGCUACCAGAGACCUCACGGUAUCCAGGACAGAGAUUGAGAAUGGAGAGUCCUUUGUUUGUCAAGCCAGUGGUGAUAGUGUCAACGGGACGUCAAAAUUGGUGGUGACUUUUAAAUAUCCAUCAGAGGGAGGUCUUUCAGGUGGAGGGAAAGCUGGGAUUGUCAUAUUUGUUCUCAUAGUCGUAGCAAUUGGCAUCGGCAUCGGCAUCGGCUUUUUUCUUUGGAGAAGAAAGGAGGAGGAAAAGAAGAAGGAACAGGAGAAGGAUCCUGAAAAGGAGCCUCUGUCGCCAUUACAAAUCGAAUUCGAAGACUUAGCCAAGAAAAUCAAUGGCUACACACGGGGUCCUUUUCUGGGCUGGAGGUAAAGGAGGGCCGAAGUUGGUCGAAGGUAACCCGAUUGGGUGUGUUCGGUGUGACGCAUGCUGGGAAGUCCUCUCUCGUACGAUCCCUCAAAUAUUCUCUCACAGGUGAAUUCGGCACCGUGGAAGUGGCCCAAUCUCACUCCAUAGGGGGCGUAACCGUCAUCCCAAAGCCGUUUCGCCUAACCGACCAUAUAACCGUAGUUGAUAACCGGGGACUGAAGGAUCUAGAUGUAUCCUGCAUCAAAGACAUUAUGGACCAGAUUCGCGGCCAAAGCAAACUUUUGGAAGGAACCGUCGAUUUUCCUAUCCUGGUUUUCGAUGCCAGGCAGCCGUUAACGCACUGGACAAGUUUCUACCAGACUUUGUAAAGGCGAUUCGUGGCGAAUUUG